GAGGUUUUGCGGUGACAUGACGGCUGUGUGGGUUUCUGUGUUCACAGAGGAGCUGACACACUGGUUUAUACAGCAAAGCCGUGAGAGUGACUGACCCCCUCAACGCUUCUCCAUUAGGGUGCUACAAGAAGACAGCCAUGCCGCCCCCAGCUGACAUCGUGAAGGUGGCUAUUGAAUGGCCUGGUGCUAACGCUCAGCUCAUAGAGAUGGACCAGAAAAGGCCUUUGUCCUCAAUAAUACGAGAAGUGUGUGAUGGCUGGUCUUUGUCAGGCUCGGAGCAGUUUGCUCUGCGGUAUGCUGACGGCCCUCAGCUUUACAUCACUGAGCAGAGCCGUGGUGAAAUCAAGAACGGGACCAUCCUUCGAUUAGCCAUUUCACCUGCUCGUGCUGCCCGUCAGCUCCUGGAGAGGAUCCAGUCCCACGGCAUCGACGCUCGCCUGGAGGCUCUGAAAGAGCUCGCCAAGCUGUCCGCAGACCCCACCUUCGCUGCAGAGUUCAUCAAUAUGGAGGGCAUUGGGACACUGGCACGUCUGGUUGAGAGUGGCACCCACUUCGGUGAAAUGCUGGCCUUCACUCUCACCGCCUUCCUGGAGCUAAUGGAUCAUGGCAUUGUGUCCUGGGACCUUAUCUCCCUCUCCUUCAUCAAACAGAUUGCAGGCUACGUAAACCAGCCGAUGGUGGACGUGUCCAUCCUGCAGCGCUCUCUCGCCAUCCUCGAGAGCAUGGUGCUCAACAGCCACAGCCUCUACCAUCGAGUGGCGCAGGAGAUCACCGUGGGACAGCUCAUCGGGCACCUGCAAGUGUCAAACCAGGAGAUCCAAACCUACGCCAUUGCCCUCAUCAAUGCUCUUUUCCUGAAGGCACCAGAGGACAGACGGCAGGAGGACUAUACUAACCCGCUGGAGCAGCACCUCACUGAAAUGGCAAGCACUUUGGCUCAGAAACACCUGCGAUCCAUCAUCCUCAAUCAUGUCAUCAGAGGAAAUCGACCAAUCAAAGCAGAAAUGGCACAUCAGCUGUAUGUGCUGCAGGUGUUGACCUUCAACCUUCUGGAAGAACGAAUGAUGACCAAAAUGGAUCCUAAUGACCAGGCUCAGAGAGACAUCAUUUUUGAACUGCGCAGGAUUGCUUUCGACGGAGAAAAUGACCCCACCGGCACGGAAAAGCGAAAGGCCAUGUACACCAAGGACUAUAAGAUGCUGGGGUUCACCAACCAUGUGAACCCGGCCAUGGACUUCACCCAGACUCCUCCGGGGAUGCUGGCUUUGGACAACAUGCUGUACCUCGCCAAGGUUCACCAGGACACGUACAUCAGGAUUGUGCUGGAGAACAGCAGCCGCGAGGACAAGCAUGAAUGUCCCUUUGGCCGGUGUGCCAUUGAACUCACUCGAAUGUUGUGCGAGAUACUCCAGGUUGGAGAAUUGCCUAAUGAGGGCUGCAACGACUACCACCCCAUGUUCUUCACCCAUGACCGGGCAUGGGAGGAGUUCUUCUGUGUCUGCAUCCAGCUGCUUAAUAAAACCUGGAAGGAGAUGAGGGCCACAGCUGAGGACUUCAAUAAGGUGAUGCAGGUGGUCCGUGAGCAGAUCACCAGGGCUCUGGCCAUGAAGCCGUCAUCUUUAGACCAGCUGAAGAAUAAACUGCGAGGCCUCAACUAUUCAGAGAUUCUGCGUCUGCGGCAGUCAGAGCGAAUGAGCCAGGAUGACUUCCAGUCUCCACCUAUCAUUGAGCUGCGGGAGAGGAUUCAGCCCGAGAUCUUGGAGCUCAUCAAGCAGCAGCGACUCAACCGGCUGUGUGAGGGAAGCUGCUUCCGUAAACUGGGGAACCGGCGAAGACAAGAGAAGUUUUGGUUCUGCAGACUCUCGCUGAAUCACAAAGUGCUGCACUACGGGGACCUUGAUGAGUCACCUCAGGGUGAAGUGCCUUUUGAGCUACUCAGUGACAAGAUCCCCAUCUCUGAUAUCAAGUCUGUGGUGACCGGGAAGGACUGCCCUCAUAUGAAAGAAAAGAGUGCUCUGAAGCAAAACAAGGAGGUGCUGGAGUUAGCCUUCUCUGUCCUCUAUGAUCCUGAUGAGACUCUCAAUUUUGUUGCACCCAACAAGUAUGAGUACUGCAUCUGGACUGACGGGCUGUGUGCGCUGCUGGGCAGAGAGAUGGGCAGUGACCUGACUCGCAGUGACCUAGAUACUCUCAUCAGCAUGGAGAUGAAGCUCCGCCUCCUCGACCUUGAGAACAUCACUAUCCCAGAGGCCCCGCCCCCCGUGCCGAAGGAGCCUAGCUCGUAUAACUUCACCUACAACUACAGCUGAGAUGUGUGUGUGUGUGUGUGUGUGUUUGCUAUGCAUGUGUGUGUUUGUCAGGGAUGAUCUUUUGAUGAAUUCAGAUGCAGAUGUGUGCACCAGAAAAGGUUACUUUGAAUUUUCUUAUUUACUUUUCAGAACUCUGGAGACCUCUCUCCAUCCGUGUUAGUGAUGCUGUAUUGUUCGUCAGAAAGGAGAAAUGUGUUUAGAGCUCCACAGGGAGUUCAGAGGUCAGGGUCCAUUACAGAGCAGUGCUCUUAGAGAUUCAGUGAGUGAAUCAGUGCAGUCUCCAGGCAACGUGUCCAUUUGUAUUUCCCAUUCUUUGCUAUAUAAAGCUGUAAACCUGUUUAUGAAGUGAAGGAACACUGUGCCUGACGGUGAAUUUAGAUGACGAGCUGUACGAAUCUUCUAAUUUGUCUUUACUCGAGUAUAUUGCAAUCAAAUUUUGUCUUAACUGAUCAUUUAAGACAUGCAUGUGGUCUCCAUGGCAACAGAGGAUGAAGGGCCACCAUUUCGGGUUUUAAUGCUGUGUUCUUGUUGGUUCUGUCUGUCCCUCCACAUGACGGACAGACAGUGGAACGUCACACGGAGAAGAGUGAGUGGGCUGAGAGUUUUGUACGCUCACACACUCCUGAAAUGAGGUUUGUGUUUAGUUGAAGGUUACUCCAGUAGGUGGGAGAGCUGUCACAGGGGAUCGAACUUGAUGCUUCUCUGACAGUUUAGAAAAAAAAUGGGCUAAAAAUUCAGUGAAAAGACGAAGUGAAGGAACGUAACAAAAAAAACAAACAGCUAAAGUAAAGCAGAAGCAGGUCAGGUGUAAGAAUAAUCGCUGUUUGUCACUUUCAUCAUGUCUAUCAUAUUGGGACACAAAAGCCCAGGGCUGCAACUGUUUUCAUGGUUGACCUUAAUUAAUCUGCAGAUUAUUUUCUGUGAGUUGAUCAAUUGAUCCACGAUAGAAGAAAAUCAUGGAAAGAAUACCCGUCACAAUUUCCCAGAUGUUAACAUAUUUAAAUAGCUUGUUUUGUCUCAGUUAUGUUCCAAAACCCAAAGAAAUUAGUGAAGAUGAAGAAAACCAGCAAAUAGUCAUAUCUGAGAAGCUGAAACCGGGGGAAAGUUGUUUUUAAAAAAAUGAAGCGUUUGUCAGCAUUUUCAGCAAUUAAUUGUCUGGUCAACUAAUCAAUUAUUACACUAAUUGUUUCAGCUGCACAGAUGUGGUGCUGUCAGCAUAUGUCUGUGUCGGUUUACUCAGUGCUCAUGCUGCUUCAGAUUGUUCGACACAGACUGAGACUAACACACGUUCUCAUUGCCUGUUGAACAGUGAGUAAAUACUGCGUGCCAUUGAUUUGAAACUGUUCAAGUAUGUGGAGUGUGAAGAUUCUUGACAAAGCCCUCGCCGACUUUAUGUGUCUGUGAGUGUAUAUUCGUGUGUGUGUGUCUGUGCAGGGUUUAAGAUGUGGUGUAGGUUGUUUCUGUUGAGAGAUGUAACGAAAGAUAUUCCACAAGCUCAUGAUGGUCAUGGACGUCGGGGCCAGAGCCUCCGACAUCCAACACGUUAAAAACAUGAACGUUAGGAGCCUUUUCUGUUGAAUCACAGCCGCUGCAUUGCUAUCAGUCAUACACUCACUAUACACUUUGAGUACCAUUAGCCCGUAUGAGCAGUAUAUGAAUGGUAUAUAACACACUGAGUUUUAGCAGAUAUAAGGACAUGUUUAAGGUUUAAUAAUGUUUAACUGUAUAUAACCAGUAUAAACCAGUGUUAAAGACUGUUUGAUCACAGUGUAACAUGGUUGUGAUAAUAUAUAAUCAUGUCUUCAUUAGUUAACAGUCAUAUGUUGGCUUACAAUAUAACAAUUUUAUAAUGUGUUAUAAAGCAUGUAUUAACUGUUUACAUGAAUUGUGUACCUGUACAGCAGCAUUAACACUAUUUAUAGUUGUAUUGAAAACUACUGAAAAUGUGUGAUGAUGUAUGAUUACAACUAUGCUAUGCUGGGUUAUUAAUCAUCUAUUAACUGAUCAGACAGCAGAUAUGAAUGCUUCAUAGGAGUAUCUGUCGUUGACAAUAGCCCGUUUCAUACCAGACUAGUGUUUCCAGUGGACCCCCGUGUUCUGUGCGCCACAUUCGCCAGUGAAGCCUGUACUUUAUUCGAAUUUACUGCCGUUAUGUCAAGACUCUGCAUAACAUUAACAUUUCAGAAGCGAGACUGUUCUUCAGCAGCCACAUUAAUAAUGUGCAGUUGUUUUGGCCGCUUUCUGUCUGUGUUACAAACAUUAAUACACAUAUGCAGCUCAUUCAGUUCAAGUAACAGAUGUUUUGUGGCUCCACUUGAAUAUGACAACCUUUGGUUACUCCUAACCUUCUCUGUCAUCACUCAUUUUAAACGACAGUAUAGCCGAUCUCACAGCACAGCUGUUGACUGCUGUUCAACAUGUCUCGUACUUGUUCAGUUUUCUGACAACAGAAAACAGAUUUUUUUUUUUUUUUUUAAUACGACCCCAAAUCACAGAGAUGCUGACUCAAGCCGGACCUUUGCAAUUAUAAACAAAUUAUCAGAGAUCCCCAGUUAAAACUUGUCAUAUGACAUUAAUAAACAUUUCAAAUUGUUCUUUAUAUCUGCUAUAGCUACAUUACAGUGUGUUAUAAGCCACUUUAAACUUGUUUAUAUGCUGCUUAUAAAUACUAAAUUGGCUUAAAAUGAAGUGUUACCCAGUGUCGUGACAUUACAGUUACAGUGGUGUUUCUUUUCAGUAUGGUUAUUUUGUUACCUGACAUUCCAAGAGUGUUUGAUGCCCCUGGCGUUUGAAUUAAUCAGCAGUUUUGAGGCUGGAGUUCAGACUUUUUAUCACACUGCACAAGCAAACGGGUCAAAAGAGCAGCUCUGUCGGCCUGCUUCAGUUAACGUGCCAGAAGCGGGACCCUCAGAUGAAUGUCAGCAGGUCAAAACUACACACAGCUGCGGGCAUCGGAAACAUCCAGCACUGCUCAUCAACAUGUGAGCAUACAGUAUUGUGUGCUUUGUAUACCGUGAUAUGAAUUAUAGUACUACUGCUUGAUGUCAAUUUUUCUUAAUUCCGUUGUAUUUUUUGUGCGUUUUGUUCACGUCACUUAACGUCCUGUCAACUUCUAAACCAGUACUAAUCAUUGCUGUCAUUUGUUAAUGCAGAAUAGAAGUAUAUUUUUGUAAAUGACUGUACAAUCUUAUCUGUGAAGAGGAUGGAUAUUGAACUAACAUAACAUUUUCACUUAACGUUGCUCUAUACAGUACAUCCAACAUGCUCAUUGCUGCGGACGUGCCACACCGAAAAAAAAAAAAGUUUUUGGUCUUCACAUUUUUUAAAGUCACAAAAACGUUUUCAUAGCACAAGCACCUCAUAUCAUUUAGGAAUGACACCCACUCCAGCACCUAAUGAUGAUGUCAGUGUUAACGUAUAUUAUACUGCUAAUGGGAAUAAUUUAAAAAAUGCUGUUACUGUUGAUGCUGUUCGUGAAAAGGAAUAUAUUUGGAAUUUGUUUUUUUCAAACAGUGUUUUUCUGUCCAGUUUGUAACUGAUGUUGGAGAUUUUAAAGGUUCCCUGUUGAGUUUUGUUUUGUUUUGUUUUGUUUUGUUUUUUAACCCCAGUAGUGCCAUGGAGUUGUGUUUCUAUAAGAGGGUUCCCAUUUUGUUUAUCUUGUGCACGGGCGCCCAUGCACAUGUACAAGAGUCACGAAAUGCACUUUCCUGCCAGUGGUUUCACUGAUCAACAGGUGGUGAUAAUUCACAAAGGCAGAGUAGAAGAAGACUGCAAGGGCAUAAACAUGGAUAUUAACAACACAGUACUUUAAAAAUUGAUUUUGCAAAUGCUUUAUGAGGAAGGAAACUCUACACAUUUGUUUGACUUCAAGGAUUCACCCAGUGUGUUUUAAUGAGUAAAUGUAAACGUGCAAGAAAGCUCUACAGGGAACCUUUAACUGUGUAAAAGUCUUGUUUUAUAUUCCCGUAUGUGAUUGAACCCUAAAGCUGCUGUCAGAAAAUCACAACUGCAGCUAAAAUAUAUCAAUAACACCGUGAGUAAAGGAUUGUUGCAUUGGAUGUACUAACAGUAUGACUUGAAGUUUUCGCAUCUGGUACUCUUUUACAUGACUUGCUAAACUAUUUAUUUACACUUGCUACUAGUGAUAGUGAAGAAUGACAUGUUGUUAGUUAAGACAUAACAACAUA